GGCACACACUCCUCCGCGCCGUCACGUUGCGAGUUACGGUCUCACUCGACUGAAUGGAAGCAUGUCUCAGCCGUGAGGAGCUCCUGCCGACUCCGCAUCUCUUCCCGGGUCUUGCCGCAGCAGCGUGUGCGCCCCAGACACGGGAGGAGAGGAGACGAGGAAGGGGAUGGGACGUGGCCAUGCUGUGCACCAGGAGGACUAAAACUUUGGUGUCCACGUGCGUCAUCCUGAGCGGCAUGACCAACAUCGUGUGCCUGGUCUACGUGGGCUGGAUCAGCAAGCAGGUCUCUAGCCGUCCUAAAGUUCUGCAGGCAGUCGGCGAGGCGGACAGAAAGUUGGAGGAGGACAGCAAGGGAGAGACGCGCAGGAUGAUGGAGAGGCUGGACAGGCUGGAGGACGUCAUUAAUGAGCACAUCCAAGAUAAAGCAGCAAAGGAAAGUGAAGAUGACGCAUCUUCGUCAUCCUCGCGCCACAGUGUCUCACUCUUUGACCACUGGGGUCAGGACCUGGGCCCCGAAAGUCGCAGGGUUGCCCGUAAAAAGUUCCGCUAUUACGGCUACAACAGCUUCCUAAGUGAUCGGAUCUCCAUCACCCGACCCAUUCCGGAUUUUCGUCCAGACGGCUGUAAAACCAUGUGGUAUUCAUCUGACCUUCCUCAACUGAGUAUCAUCUUCAUCUUCAUCAAUGAGGCCUUGUCCGUGUUGCUGCGUUCCGUAAACACGGCCAUCCAGAGGACACCGUCCCACUUACUCAAGGAAAUCAUAUUGGUGGACGACCACAGCAACAACCUGGAACUAAAAGAACACCUGCAGAGUUUUGUGGACGAGACGAAUGCUCAACGAGGUCCAGGGUUCAUCAAAAUGGUCCACCAUGAAAAACGAGAGGGACUGAUCAGGUCCAGAGUCAGCGGGUGGAGGAUCGCUUCAGCCCCCGUGGUUGCUCUGUUUGAUGCAAAUGUGGAGUUUAACACCGGAUGGGCGGAACCGGUUCUCCAGCGAAUAAAGGAGGACAGCACUCGAGUCGUGUCUCCGUCUUUUGACAACAUCAAAUAUGACACCUUUGAGAUUGAAGAGUAUCCGUUGUCUGCUCAGGGUUUCGAUUGGGAGCUUUGGUGUCGAUACCUCAACCCACCAAAGUCCUGGUGGACACAACACAACCACACCGCUCCUAUCAGGAGUCCUGCUCUCACUGCUUGCUUCGUGGUGGACAGAGAGUUCUUUGAGGGGAUUGGGCUACUCGACGAGGGGAUGGAAAUCUACGGUGGAGAAAAUGUGGAGCUUGGCAUAAGAGUAUGGCAGUGCGGGGGAAGUGUGGAGGUCCUGCCCUGCUCACGGGUGGCGCGCAUGGAGCGAGCGCACAAACCGUACACAGUCAACCUGACAGCUGUGGUGCGGCGCAAUGCCCUCAGAGUGGCUGAGGUGUGGAUGGACGAGUACAAGAGUCACGUUUACAUGGCCUGGAAUGUUCCGCCGCAGAACUUGGAAAUAAAUAUCGGGGACAUUCUGGAAAGAAAGGCUUUGCGAUCCAGACUCAAGUGCCGUCCGUUCAGCUGGUUUCUUGCCAACAUUUACCCGGAGCUACGCACCUACGGCGACAUCGUUGCUUAUGGAGCGUUAAAGAACAGUCUCAGGGAUGACUUGUGUUUGGACCAGGGACCGAGCAGCGACAAUAUUCCCAUCAUGCACGUCUGCCACGGUUCGACAGCACAGAACGCGUACUACAGCAGCUCCCAGCAGCUUCACCUGGGAGGGUUGAGUCCAACCAUCGAUGACACCGACAACAAGUGUCUGGUGGAAGUGAACAGCAAGCCCAGACUGCUGGAAUGCACGUACGCGGCCAGCAAACGCAUGAAACUAAGCUGGACCUUCAUGCAGGAUGGGUCCAUCCAGAACAAAGAGUCCCGGCAGUGUCUGGAGAUGGUGGAACAUGAUCAGCCAGAGUCGGGUUUCCAAUUGGUUAUUCAGGACUGCGGCGGACAAAAAUGGACCAUCACAAACGUGCUGACUGUCCUGUGAACUCUUUUUGCCACACCAGAAAACUCUGUAAGCCAAUGCCAACCCAAAGUGAUGGACUAGAGUCACUGCUCUUCAGUUCUGGUUUGAAUAAGAGUUGAAUUCCCUAAUUAGUAUUUCUCACACAGACUCAAGUGAGCAGAUGUCCACAGUUCAUUAAAUUAGUCAGUACCUCCAGGAUUUCACAUUCGCGCCAAUUCACGCAAAUUCAACCAAACCUCUGGCAAUAUAGGGAACGUGUGGACACCUUGGACGUAACACCCUUCACUUUACCCAUGAAAUGGGUCUGCUAAGCUCCACUUUUGGGUCAGAAUGACGAGGCUACCGAUUUGUGACAAUCUGGUUGAGUAAUCGACGAUGACAAGGAUAUAGCGGUGUCCAUGAGACGAUUUUGGCAACGGCCCCACAAUGUCCAUAGCCAUCAGCAGAGGCGGGUAGAGUAGCCAGAAAUUGUACUCAAGUAAGAGUACUGUUACUUUAGAGAUUUAUUACUCAAGUAAAAGUAAGGAGUAGUCACCCAAAUAUUUACUUGAGUAAAAGUAAAAAGUAUGUUGAGAAAAAACUACUCAAGUACUGAGUAACUGAUGAGCAACCUGAUUACGGCAAAAAAUAAUGCACAAAAACAUAAAAAUAGCAAUGAGCAAAUUCAGAGCCAGGAAUAUCUCUUAAGCAACUAAAACAAUAAUAUAUAUUAAAUAAUAGUACAUCAAAAUCAAAUUAAAAAAAUGGCACAUCUAGCCACAAUAACUUAACAGCACCAUAGCCUCAGUAGGCAUUCAUUGAUUUGAUUGAUCGAUUGAUUGAUUACAACUUGUAAUGGUAGAUUGUACAGUACAGUACAUAUUCCGUACAAUUGACCACUAAAUGGUAAAACCCCAAUAAGUUUUUCAACGUUUAUCAAUUACCUAGUAAAUGACCAAGUCGAGGUGAUCUACCUCAUAUAUACAUACACAUACACAUAUCAUACAUACACAAAUCAUAUAUAUAUAUAUAUAUAUAUAUAUAUAUAUAUAUAUAUAUAUAUAUAUAUAUAUACAUACAUUUAUAUAUACAGUAUAUCAUUCAUAUGUAUUUAUUUUGCCGUUUUUGUUCACACGUUGAAGGUGUUUUAAUGAAUAUACAUGCAUGUUUAACAUAUAGAUUCCUAUCUUUCAUGAAGACAAGAUUAUAAGUUGGUGUAUUACCUGAUUCUGAUGACUUGCAUUGAUUGGAAUCAGACGUCCAUGUUUUCAAAUGGAGGAGAAAAAAAGUUCCUCUUUUCUGUCUAAUACCCCAUGAAAGUCGUUGGUUUUUGGCAUCUUAUCUGUCCAGCUUCCAUAUUUGUUUUUAUACACUUUACAAGAAAUACAUUGGCGGCAAACUCUGUAGUUUGCUAGCUUGUUUGCGCUGGCUUUCGGAGACUCUUAUUUUGUUAGCGCAGCCGCGAUGGAGCGGCACUUUUAUUGUGAAGACAGGAACUGUGCGAUCAUUCUUUAGACUUUUGACAGGAAGUACGGUUGAAAUAAAUUGUGUCUUUUUUCCUUUACACUUUUGAUUGAUUGAAACUUUUAUUAGUAGAUUGCACAGUACAGUACAUAUUCCGUACAAUUGACCACUAAAUGGUAACACCCCAAUAAGUUUUUGAACUUGUUUAAGUCGGGUCAUGUGACCGCCUGGCUCUGUUUGAUUGGUCCAACGUCACCAGUGACUGCAUGUGAUUGGUGAAACACAGGCAUGCGUAGAUUCUACUUUGAAGCUCUGUCAUUAACCAAAACAAACAUUAAUAGAUCGAUUAAAAAAAAAGUAGCGAGUAGCGAGCUGAAUGUAGAUAAAUGGAACGGAGUAAAAGUAGCGUUUUUUCUCUAUAAAUAUACUCAAGUAAAAGUAAAAGUAUGUUGCAUAAAAACUACUCGUAGAAGUACAAUUUAUCCCAAAAGUUACUCAAGUAAAUGUAACGGAGUAAAUGUAGCGCGUUACUACCCACCUCUGGCCAUCAGUGAAAAUGGCAUCUCAAUAAUAGUAAGGGGUAUGAGGGGAUCCCAGACAUUCCGGACAGUUGUGACCAAAGUCCUCGACGGCUCGCUUCACCCUAGGCCAAUAAAAACGUGCAACCACUCGGUCGUAGGUCUUCUGGGCUCCCAGAUGAGCCCCUAUUUGGUGGGAGUGAGCGAGGUACAACACCCGAGUGACGUAACUUUUCAGCACUUAUAGUUGUUCGACAACUCCGCCCCCUAGCUUUUGCACUUUGGUACAACAGGCCCGCUUUUACCAAAAAAUGAAGAUAGGACAUCCCACUCACCGCACAGACCAGUUGACCGUCUAUGGUGGUGAUGCUUUGGCGGGCCAUUUCCAGGUUCGGGUCAGCCCAUUGGGCUGUGGCGUACUCGCUUUGAUGUGGAUUCCCCUCGACUGUCAUGAGUGGGAACUCAGAGAAUGGGUCUUCACUGGCUGGAGUGGUCUCUCCCCCACUGGCGUCUCUUUCAGAUGCUCCACUUCCUGGUGAGGCUCCUACAGGUGCUCAGAAGGUGGGGAAUGCAGUCUGCGGGCGCCGGUCCCGGCUUCUUGUUUGUCGGGGAGGAUUCGAGCGGCGGCGUCCUGGGUUCCAAUACCGCUGGAAGAGGACACAAUCCGUGCCUAUCAGAGGAGGGCCAGGUAGGUUGGGGAUCACCCCAGCAGCCCUAACGGCGUCUCCACGGAGGGUCUGGACCCCGAAAUGGCUGACCGGGUCUGCUAAGCUCUGCUUUCGGGCCAGAAUGACGAGGCUACCGAUUUGUGAGAAUCCGGUUGCUUUUUUAGUUUGCAGAACACAACCGGAACCGUCCAUCACUUCUACUAUUACUAUACAGUGCUCGCACUACCACUCUCUCUCUCUUCACUCGCCCACUCGCUCACUGGCGUCGCUCACCCACCACAUUACCAUUCUCGCAAACACACAUACGCUACUCUCCUAACAUAGUUAGCCAGCUCAUUGUUAUGCAUUUAUAGAUAUGUCGACGGGCAAACCGCUAAUAUUUGGUCUCAAGCCAAUCAGCUGAGUUCAAACCGCCCACGGGACGUAAACUAACGCAAGAUAAAUUACUGAAUUUUGUAACAAAUUUCUCCAAUUUGUGUUAUCUUUAACAAUGUGUUUCACCUCCUAUGUAUGUGUAUAUAUGUAUACGUAUGUAUGUAUUUAUGCGUAUGUGUAUAUUCAAAAUCGAUUGUUUUUUUCAAUUCAACACUAUUCUCGAUUCAAAAACGAUUUUUUUCCCGAUUUAAAAGGAUUCUCUAUAUGUUCAAUACAUAGGAUUUCAGAAGGAUGUACCCCAGUCUGCUGACAUGCAAGCAGAGUAGUAGAUUUUUGUAAAAAGCUUUUAUAAUUGUAAAGGACAAUGUUUUAUCAACUGAUUGCAAUAAUGUAAUUUUUUUUAACUAUUAAACGAACCAAAAAUAUGACUUAUUUUAUCUUUGUGAAAACAUUGGACACAGUGUGUUGUCAAGCUUAUGAGAUGCGAUACAAGUGUAAGCCACUGUGACACUGUUGUUCUUUUUUAUUAUUUUUAUAAAUGUCUAAUGAUAAUGUCAAUGAGGGAUUUUUAAUCACUGCUAUGCUGAAAUUAUAACUAAUAUUGAUACUGUUGUUGAUAAUACUCAUUUUUGUUUCACUACUUUUGGUUUGUUCUGUGUCGUGUUUGUGUCUCCUCUCAAUUGCUCAGUUUAUUGCAGUUCUGAGUGUUGCUGGGUCAGGUUUGGUUUUGGAAUUGGAUUGCAUUUGUACGGUAUUGCUUUGUAUUGUUUGUUGGAUUGACAAAAAAAACAACAAAGAAAUAAAAAUAAAAAAAUCGAUUUUUUUAAAAUGAGAAGCGCGAUUCAAAUUCGAAUUGAUUUUUUCCCA